AUGCUUAUCCUUUCAAGCAUCGCUCUCGCAGUCUUUGCUAUCUCUCCAGCAUCUGCAUCAAUCACGUGUCUGAAAGUUGGGGCGGCAGCCACCGCUAGAUGGACAAAUGCCGCCGACCAGAAUUGUACUUGGACCGGGAUUGUGGGAUCGAAUUUUGGCAUUGAUCCAGUGAAUAUGGGAAACUAUGCAUGUAAUGGACGAUGCGGUGCUGACUGCACGGGAGCGGCUCUCGGGAACGUAUAUACCCAGGAUUGUUUUUCCCACGAUAUCUGCUCUUUCUUCAACAACGCCGCUGGUGGAGCAAGUGAUCCAAACUGUGGCGGCGCAUUCGAUGCAGCUGUUGACGAUACGGCUUUUGGAUUUGCGUAUGGUUGUUCACAGACCAACCCAACAAAUCCCGUAGUAGCGCCGACGAUCAUGCCGGCAUGCGGCUGA